UUCAGCCCAGCCCGGCACCGGCCCGACGCUAAACCUCCAACUCUCCAAGCACCUCCGUGUUCUUCGUCGCCGGCGGUCCAGCGCACGCUCCCACGCCGCCGUGUCCGCCUCCGGCCUUAUUCUACGAAAGCACGGCAGCCACCCUGGUAGUCAAGUUGCAGUCCUCCCCCUUCCUAUCCGCUGUACUGGAUUGGUGUGGGGUGGCGAUUCAUCCGGCCUUGGGUCGAUUCCUUUAGCUGUGGUGCGUUCAGCGAGCAUAAAGAUCCGUCGGUCUCAGUUGACACAAUAGGGCUUUAAAUUGAAACCGAAGAGUGGGUGCAGUUCGUUUUUCCAAUAAAAUGUCCACGAGAAGCCUCCCUUCUUGGAUGGGUUCUUCUAAAGAUGGAGAGGACGAUUCAAGCAAGAAGAAACAUGCAGGCACGUCCCAGAAGGCUCAGAAGGGGUCUGAUUUCUCCAAACUUCUGGACGGGGUCGUCUUUGUGCUGUCAGGGUUUGUGAAUCCGGAGAGGGGCAUGCUGCGGUCACAAGCAUUGGAUAUGGGGGCAGAGUAUCGGCCUGAUUGGACAUCGGAUUGCACCCUUCUUGUUUGUGCAUUUGCUAACACCCCCAAGUUCCGACAAGUUCAGGCGGAUAAUGGAACCAUUAUCUCAAAGGAUUGGAUCUGUGAAUCCCACAAGCAAAGAAAACUUGUGGACAUUGAACCUUACCUUAUGCAUGCUGGAAAGCCAUGGCGAAAAAAUAAGGAGCCAGUUGAAUCUGAUCAAGAUCAGAAAGAGAUGCAUAAAGAGCAUAAAAAACAAGUUCAGCAGUCUCACGUCAAGCCAUCCACCUCUGCUACCUCAAAGGCAGGACAUUCAGACUCUGGAAACAAACACUUCUCUCCCUCAAAAAUAAAACAAUGGGCAAUGGAUGAUUUGACGCAGACUGUGUCAUGGUUGGAGAGCCAAGAAGAGAAGCCAGAGCCAAGUGAACUGAAGGCAAUAGCUGCUGAAGGGGUUAUUACUUGUCUGCAAGAUGCCAUAGAAUCCCUCGAGCAAGGCAAUGACAUCAAAGGAGUGGCGGAGCAGUGGAGCUUCGUCCCCCAUGUUGUCAACGAACUGCUGAAACUGGAUGGAAGCGGAAAAGAUGCAUCAUUGCCUAAAGAACAACUCUCGCAAUUAGCAAUCAAAUGUAAGAAGAUUUAUCAGGCCGAGUUCGUGCGCAUGGACAGCGACAACAAGAAGGGGAAGAAGCGUCAAAGCAGCUCGCCGGUAACAGAGCACCGCAGGAAGACAAAAUCGAGUGAUGAUCAUUACGACAGUGAUGACACGAUAGAAAUGACGGAGGAAGAGAUUGAUCUCGCCUGCAGACAGCUCCCUGGCUAUGCGGAUGAUACUGAGCUAGGUUAGUUGAGGUGCGUCCUUCCUCUGAACUCUGAACAGGAGAGGAAGGAUGCUGGAUGGCCGUCUCCAUUCUUUUCCUGCUGCCACCCAAAUAAACUGUGGGAAUUCGGUAGUUAGACACAUUGACGAGUUCAGGGCUGUAAUGUGGACUUUGCUCGUAUGCAAGAACCGUCUGUGUGCGUUCAUGCAAAUGUAAUGCACCUUUCAAAUUAUGCUAAUCGCUCGAUCCAGGCUGUGGGCUUACUUAGUA